GACUUUCGGCUUACAAACGUCCUUUCGUUUUCAUUUCUCUUCCCCGUAGCGAUAGUUAGGUUUUGUUGGUCCGUCGUUAGUGAUGCAUCAACAACCGUCGAACGCCGCCGGAGCAGGACAACAAUCUGGACAGCAGCAGUUGUGGAUGAUGAUGCAACAACAGCAACAGCAGCAGAGGCAGUCGGCGCCGGCACUAGGUCAACAGCAGCAGUACGGAGCUGGAUCUCAGAAUCCAGAGGUCAAGUCCUUAUGGAUUGGAGAUUUGCAGAAAUGGAUGGACGAGAGCUACAUCAUGAGCAUCUUCGGUCAAUCUGGAGAGGCUGUAACAGCUAAAGUCAUUCGUAAUAAGCUGACCGGACAGUCUGAAGGUUAUGGAUUCAUAGAGUUUGUCAAUCGUUCUGUAGCUGAGAGGUAUUUGCAAACUUACAAUGGUGCUCAAAUGCCGAGCAGUGAACAGACGUUUAGGCUCAACUGGGCUCAGGCUGGUGCUGGAGAGAGAAGACAGAGUGAAGGUGCUGACCACACUAUCUUCGUAGGCGAUCUUGGACCUGAAGUCACUGACCAAAUGCUCACGGAUACGUUUAAGAGUGUGUAUGUGUCUAUCAAGGGGGCAAAAGUUGUCAUGGACAGAACCACUGGAAGGUCCAAGGGAUAUGGUUUUGUCAGGUUUGGGGACGAAACUGAGCAGAUGCGUGCCAUGACCGAGAUGAAUGGUCAAUACUGCUCCACCAGGCCUAUGCGUAUUGGUCCGGCUGCCAAUAAGAAUCCUCUUCCGAUGCAACCAGCUAUGUAUCAAAACACUCAAGGAGGAAAUCCUGGAGAUAGCAAUCCAAAUAACACAACAGUUUUUGUUGGAGGUCUGGAUACUAACGUUACAGACGAUGAGUUGAAGUCCAUUUUCGGUCAGUUUGGGGAACUAAUUCAUGUGAAACUACCUCCAGGAAAACGUUGUGGAUUCGUUCAAUAUGCUAACAGGGCAUCUGCAGAGCAUGCACUUUCGGUGUUGCAUGGAACACAAUUAGGUGGACAAAGCAUCCGUCUUUCGUGGGGACGUAGUCCUAACAAGCAGCCUGAUCAAGCCCAAUGGAACGGUGGUGGAUACUAUGGAGGAUACCCUCCACAGCAACAGGGCGGCUACGAAGCUUAUGGUUAUGCACCUCAACCAACUCAGGAUCCUAAUGCGUACUAUGGUGGUGGUUACUCUGGCUAUGGCAACUAUCAGCAGCAACGGCAGUGAAAGAUGAACAUCGGCCUUAUCUACCAAUGUCUUGGAACAAACAUGAGUCUUUUUAGGACAUAGACUAAGAGUGCCCUUUUUCUAAUUUGAUGUGAAUUUUGUUUUGCAAAUGAGUUUGCUAUGAACAUAUUGUUUGCUGAAUGUUGAAACUUUAUUCUGUUUCUUAAAAAUUUUAUCCAACAACUAUCGGAUUACCAUUUGCUA